GAGGCCUGGCAAUGUCUGCCCGUCCGUACCUCAAACUCUCGGACAUGUCACCUGUCAGGUCCCUCUCAGCUGUGUAUCUUUGCAUUAAGAAGAAACUGUCAGGUCCCUCUCCGCAGAGCCUUCACAGGUUCAGGGGAUAGACAUGGCUGCCGCCAUUGCCGCCUUCUCCCUCCUGCUGUUCCUCUCCGUCCAGGGCGCGUCUCCCGUUCUUGGCUUCACGAGGAGCGACUUCCCCGAAGAUUUCGUCUUCGGAUCCGCUACCUCUGCCUAUCAGUACGAGGGUGCCGUUGCAGAGGAUGGCAGGAGCCCGAGCAUCUGGGACACCUUCACUCACGCAGGGAGAAUGAGGGACAAGAGCAAUGGGGAUGUAGCCGCCGACGGGUACCACAAGUACAAGGAUGACGUCAAGCUUGUAGCUGACACUAACCUGGAGGCUUAUAGAUUCUCCAUCUCCUGGUCCAGGCUUAUACCAAAAGGAAGGGGAGAUGUCAAUCCACAAGGGUUAGAGUACUACAACAAUCUUAUAGAUGAGCUAGUGAGACAUGGUGUCCAAGUACAUGUUAUGAUGUGCCAUUUGGAUCUCCCUCAGGUUCUCGAAGAUGAGUAUAGUGGAUGGUUAAGCCCUAGAAUUGUGGAAGAUUUCACAGCAUAUGCAGAUGUGUGCUUCAGGGAGUUUGGCGACAGGGUUUCAUACUGGACUACUCUGGAUGAAGCCAAUGUCGCUACAGUUGCAUCAUACGAUAAUGGACAAUUUGCACCUGGGCGAUGUUCUGAUCCAUUCGGAGUAACAAAAUGUACGGUGGGGAACUCAAGUGUGGAACCAUAUAUAGCACAGCAUAACACGUUAUUGGCACAUGCAUCAGCUGCCAGGCUGUAUAGAGGAAAAUAUCAAGCAAUGCAAAAAGGAGUUAUUGGCAUAAAUAUAUUCACAAUGUGGUCAUACCCAUUAACAAACUCCACUGCUGAUUUAAAAGCAUCUCAGAGAUUUCGGGAUUUCUACUUCGGCUGGGUACUAGAGCCAUUGGUGUUUGGAGAUUACCCGCAGGCAAUGAAGAAGAAUGUUGGUUCUCGUCUGCCACCGUUCACAAAAAUCCAAUCUGAAGCCAUCAGGGAUACUCUAGAUUUCAUUGGAAUAAACUACUAUUAUUCUUUGUAUGUCAACGACCACCCUUUAGAAAAAGGCAUUCACGACUUCGCACUUGACAUCUCUGUUGAGUGUAGAGGUUCAAGAAUUGAUCCGCCAAUUGGUCAGGGCCGCCCAACAUCUAUUCCGGCUGAUCCCGAAGGAUUGCAACUUUUGGUGGAGUAUCUGAAUGAAGCCUAUGGGAACCUUCCCAUUUAUAUCCAAGAGACAGGUUAUGAAACCAAAAAUGGCAGCCUCCAUGAUACCGACAGGGUUGGUUACAUGAAGAACCACAUAAGGAGCACAUUGACUGCACUAAGGAACGGAGCCAAUGUCAAAGGCUACUUCGCGUGGUCCUUCACGGACAUGUUCGAGUUCGGGUCAGGAUUCAGGUCGCAAUACGGCCUGUACCGCGUCGACUUCGAGGACGAGGCGCUUCCAAGGCAAGCCAGGCUCUCUGCUCGCUGGUACUCCGAGUUCCUCAAGAACAAGGAGAUCCAGAUCAGUGAAGAGAACGAGCUCGACGGUGCAGGAUCACACGCUCAGCAAUGAGUCAUGUGUAGUUCGAUGCAGUGUUAAGUACAAAACAAAACUGGCAGAAGAAUUUCCAUAUUUGUAUUAAUAAAGAAGAGGUUUACAGAGGCCUACGGCGAAAAUGGAAAAAAUGUACAACAAACGGGAAACGGCAGAAGUGCUUGGCCCCUACCAAAGUCCAAGUAGAAAGAGAUCUUGCUCCUGUAAUUUAAUCAUUGCUCAAUGCAUCCACACUCCUUGUAAAGAUAUAUAAUAAAAAAGGUCAUCCUUCUAAUGUCGCCGGACACAAUUAUUUAAA